AUGUCGGAUCACGAAGAUUACGAAUUCGAAGGAACGCAGUCCGGAGCUUCCCUCACCUACCCAAAGCAGUGCUCUGCUCUCCGAAAGGGUGAAUUCGUCAUGAUCAAGGGCAAAGCCUGCAAGAUCGUCGAUAUGUCCACCUCCAAGACUGGCAAGCACGGCCACGCUAAAGUCCACAUGGUCGCUCUCGACAUCUUCGAUGGCAAGAAGCUUGAAGAUAUCUGCCCCUCCACCCACAACAUGGAGUGCCCAAUCGUCAAGCGAACUGAAUUGCAGCUUAUCGACAUGGACGAAGAAGGUUUCGUCACCCUCAUGGACGAUCAGGGUGAAACCCGAGACGAUCUCCAGGCUAUCGACCCCGAAGUCCGAAAAGAGAUCCAGGCCAAGAUUGAUGCUGAAGAAGACGCCCUCGUCUGCGUUCUUUCCGCCAUCGGCAAGGAGGCCCUCAUGUCUGUCAAGAACAUGGCCAAAACAUCAUAA